GAUUCCAAAGUCAUUGACUUCCUUCUCCCUGCUUGCACACUUCAAGGGGUUAUUUAUCCCCUCGAACCGAUGGCGUACGCUGGUGCCUUGGCGUUUUUACGAGAGCUUGCGCAUUGCGACUGGCGCUCACAGCCCAGCCCGUUGGGCGACAUUGCAUUGUCAUUCACAGUCCAUAGCCUGAAGGCCACACUGCUGAGUUGGGGCCCUCAGUUGCACGAGGUCGUAUCAAAAGAGGUGAGAUUGGCUCAAGGGCACCAUAAAGACUCCAACCAAUCCUUGGAUCUUUACGGCCGGGAUAGUGUUUGUGGAUCACUUCAAUUCCAACAAAUUGUAAUCAAUCAGGUCCGCGCCGGGUUUCGCCCUCAGAUUGCUCAACAUCGAGGUGCUCAGGCACCUUUGAUUGAACCCCCAGUGAGUUUAGAGGCCUUCAAAAAAGAGAUCCCUCAGUACACUUGGAAGUGGUUUGACUUCAAUUCCCCCUCGGGGGAACGCGUUGUGGAGGUGGACCUCCCGGAUUGCGUUGAGGAAGACUCCUCCUCGGAUAGCUCAAGCUCUUCCGAUGACUCGGUACAGGAAACAAAUCCAGCAGUUUCGAAGCGUUCCCAACCACCCGUGGUGGACGAAGUCUUGAUGGCCAAGUAUCGCACCGUGGUGCAUGCGUUGCUUGACGACUUGGAGUCGACGGAGACCGAUUCCGCAACACAGCUCCUUCGCACGGCCUGUGGCCGCAAGCUCCCCAAAUUCGCCACAGUGGUGAUAGAUUCGAUCGAUAGCACAUUGACAUUGUGCCAGCAUAGUGGUGUUAUCACCGCCGUCUCCAGUGCCAUGGACGAGCCAGGUGAAUCCUCACCUCUGGAGGACCUACUGGCCAGGAGUGGCGUUCCAGCCAUUCUAUCCUCCCGCCUGUUGGCAGAGGGCUGGACCUUAGAUUCAUUUGCAUGCAGUGCCACUUCUAUGACACAGUUUGACGACAUCUUACCAGAAUUGUUGCCUUCGGAAGAGGUCAGCUUGUUGCACAAAGCCGCACUACGCUUGGCAUUCAAACAGGCCCAUGAGGCCAUCUAUGGGGUUUCCGAUCAGACCGGCCUCUUCAAGAGUAGGGCCACUGCUUGCUACCCUACGGCAUUGGCCACCGCCUUCGCAUUUAUAGUGCAAGACCUUCUGUCGGACAAUCCGGUCUCCCUUUCUUUGGACCAGGCCAUAUUCUGGAUUCCCUCGAAGCCAAGAGCAGCCCCUCCAUUUGGCUCCGAAGACGGUGGUGGUUUACCAUCGGUCCCAGACUGGGGCAUGGACAACAGGGUUCAGCCAGAUGUCUUCCGAUCAUUGAGACGAACCUGGGUGGACGAGAUCCUCACUAGGAAGUUGCACAAGGAAUUGGUGGCGCAUUUUGCUAGUGGUUCCAAGACACCUCCAUUUAGCGAAGAGACGUUGGCACCAUUUCGCCAGUCUUUGAAUGAGUUUUUGAGCGCACAUGGCUUGAGUCCGGAUUGGAGCAUCAGGGAACAUCAGCCGAUGGCCCUCCGCAUCAUGAGAAUGUUGCACUCGAUCCAGCAAGACUGGGACGUAUCACUUUUCCCUUCUCUGGAAGAGG